ACACAUGAUCACAUCAUCAGCGCUUCACUGCACUCCGAGGCGGGACUCAAUGCGGAACGAAUCACUGCAGAAAUUCACGUAAAGAUGCGUACUUUCGUGGUAUGUGUGUCCCUCAUUUGUAUAGGGAUUGCUCUAGGAAGUCGCUCUGUGUCUGGGGCUUCAACUUUUAGAGGCAACUCUAUCAAGGACACGGAGUACUGGAAUUAUGUCAAUGUGCGUGAGAAUGCCUACAUGUUCUGGUGGCUGUAUUUAGCACAGACAAACCCCGCAACUGCCCCGAUUGUCAUCUGGCUACAGGGUGGUCCAGGUGGGUCCUCAACUGGCUUUGGCAACUUCCUGGAGAUUGGUCCACUAGAUGUCAACUUAAAGCCAAGGAACGUAACAUGGGUACAGACAGCCAACGUUCUGUUCAUUGACAAUCCUGUUGGGACUGGAUAUAGCUACACGACAUCACCCGAUGCAUUUGCCACCAAUAACUCCCAAAUUGCUGACGAUUUGGUGACAACUCUGACUGCAUUCUACAAAGAUCAUCCAGAAUUUCAGGGAAAUCCUCUCUACAUUUUCUCUGAAUCCUAUGGGGGAAAGAUGACAGUAGGCUUUGGCCAGGCUCUGUUGAAGGCGAUAAAAGCUGGAAAAAUCAACUGCAAGUUCCAAGGUGUGGCACUUGGAGAUUCCUGGAUUUCUCCUGUAGAUUCUGUGAAUUCCUGGGGACCGUACCUUUAUUCGAUUUCGUUGCUGGACAACAAGGGACUACAAGCCGUGAACACUGCGGCUAAAGCCGUCGAAGACGCAGUCAACCAAGGAAAAUUUGCCGAGGCAACAGAAAAGUGGAAUACAUGCGAAGAUGUCGUUGAAGAUAAAACUGAUGGCGUUAACUUUUACAACAUUCUGUCAACUUAUGGAGAGAGGUUGUAUGAACGCCAAGACAACAAGCCACACCUCGCCCCAUUAGAAAAGUUGUACAGAAGGCAUGUCCUGCCGUUUCAGCAGGGCGACUUGAAUGCUUUGAUGAAUGGGCCGAUUAAGAAGAAACUUGGAAUUCCUGAGAACGUCACAUGGGGCGGCCAAUCUGGUGAAGUCUUUCAAAAACUGAGUGUUGAUUUUAUGAAGCCAGUUUACAGCGUUGUUGAUAGCCUGCUGGAUUCAGAUCUUAAUGUGACUGUGUACAGUGGUCAGCUUGAUCUGAUAGUCGACACAGUAGGCACGGAAGUGUGGGUGCAGAAACUGAAGUGGAAUGGUCUGCCUGCAUUCAAUGACAAGACCUGGGCGCCCAUCCAAGUCUAUGCUGACAAGCCAGCAGCCUUUGUCAAGUCCUAUCGCAAUUUUGCUUUCUACUGGAUCAUGAAGGCUGGGCACAUGGUUCCUUCUGAUGCUCCUGGGACAGCAUACAAGAUGAUGCAGAUGGUCACCAAUUUGAUCUAAUCAUACUACAGUACUCCAAGUAACUGUUGGCUAUGGACCCCAUUCCAUAGAGCUAUUAAAGGGAAUGUACAACAUUUGCUUUUGCUG